CGCUCUGGCCAGUGAGUGCUCGUAUCGUUGUUUCUCCUCGGGCCGGGCAGUAGAUCGGUAUUUGUUGUUCUGGGGCCAGGGAGGUCUGUGCGCCGCCGGGGGGGAUGGCGGAGGCCGGGGUGUCGGCUGCUGAGGUGGUGGCUGAGACGAGGAGAGUCGGUGGUGGGGAGGCCGAGCCCCAAAGUCCCGGGUGGAAUGAGUCUCAGUUACGUUCCUAUCAGUUUCAGAGCCGACCGAUCCCGCGGCUGCAGCACUCUGACCCCAGGGCGGAAGAGCUGAUCGAUAACGAGGAACCUGUGGUUCUGACUGAUACGAAUCUGGUUCAUUCAGCUCUGAAGUGGGAUUUGGACUAUCUGAAGGACAACAUUGGUAAUGGGGACUUUUCUGUGUACAGUGCCAACGGCCACAAAUUUCUCUAUUAUGAUGAGAAGAAAAUGGUCAAUGCCAAGACCUUCAAGCCUAAGUCUGUUAGACAAGAAAUGAAGUUUCCAGAGUUUGUAGAGAAGCUAAGAGACAUAGAACAGAGAGAAGGCGAAGAGAGGUUAUAUCUGCAGCAAACUCUGAAUGAUACUGUAGGGCGAAAAAUUGUGGUGGAUUUCUUAGGUUUUAACUGGAAUUGGAUUAAUAGGCAACAAGCAAAGCACGGCUGGGGACAGCUGACCUCAAACCUGCUGCUGAUCGGCAUGGAAGGAAAUGUGACUCCGGCACACUAUGACGAGCAGCAGAACUUCUUUGCCCAGAUUAAGGGAUAUAAACGGUGUAUCCUCUUUCCACCCGAACAAUUUGAAUGCCUCUAUCCUUAUCCAGUUCACCACCCCUGUGACAGACAGAGCCAGGUGGAUUUUGAGAAUCCUGAUCUAGAGCGGUUUCCUAACUUCAGGAAUGUGGUUGGUUAUGAGACUGUGGUGGGACCCGGUGAUGUUCUUUAUAUACCUAUGUACUGGUGGCACCAUAUUGAAUCAUUACUUGAUGGAGGGAAAACGAUUACAGUUAACUUUUGGUAUAAGGGUGCCCCGACCCCAAAAAGAAUAGAAUACCCACUCAAAGCUCAUCAAAAAGUGGCAAUAAUGCGAAAUAUUGAAAAGAUGCUUGGAGAAGCUCUUGGAAGCCCACAAGAGGUUGGACCUUUGUUAAACACAAUGAUAACUGGGCGCUAUGAUUAAUUUGAGCUGCAAAGAGCAGUGAGCUAGUGUGUGUGUGCUGCUUUCUUGAUUCACUUACGAGAUGAACUAAAAGCAUAAUGCCCAUUGGAAGCACUUAACUGGCCAACUGUUCUCCGGUACUUUGGAUUACACCACUCACUUCUGUACUUAAAGAUCUUCUGUAUUUAUUUUCUUGUUGCUGAAGACGAUCAACAAAACAAUGCAACACCUAAUGCUCCUUGCACUCUAUUCAGACAAUGGACUUGGAUGGCUUUCUGUUUGCCAAUUUUCCAUUUUGUCUGCAUGUUUACCACAGCCUAUCACUGCUUCAGGUACCAUAUCCAAAGGCCUCAGUCAGCCAUGAUAAACUUUUGCUUAAACGAAGGCAUCCUUCGUGGACAAUUUUCUGAUGAUAUCCUAACCUUUUUGUUUCUGCCAUUGAACUUUGUAUUAGAAACAAAUUGUUUGCUUUAUGGACAUCAUCAAAGGAAACGGUUGCAAAAAAACAAACAAAUUGACUACUCAGGCAAUUACAUUUCGAUAACACAGACGUCAUAUUUGGAAAGAAGACAUUUCUAAAUGGUUAACCGUUUUUGAAGACAUUUUGUUUUAUAACGGAAACAGUGUUUCAGAAAGCUGGAUUCUCUUUGCAGGAGUUGUCGAUAUCCAGGCUGCACAUGGAAGACAAGUGAAAGAAUUCUCUCUGCUGCUUACAUAGUGAUUUUAUGUGAUACUGAGGAUUAAAGAAGAGGAUACCAAAUUGUUCAUCUUGCUUGUGCCUACAAUAUUUAUUCUCCAUGCAGAGGAAAUUUAGUCACCUAGCAAUGUUUUCAUCACAUCUGUCAGCGCCAAGGCCAGUUCCCCUGAAUAUUUGCAGUCUCUCAGUAGUGAAUGACUUGCAGCUUUAUGUAUUAAGCUAUACUAUGGCUAGUCCCUAUGGAAAAAGGUUGAUGUCUAAGUGUAUCUGUGAAAUACAGGCAGUGAAGAAGCUAUUUUAAUUGAGUGACCAUAGGAAUUUUAUUUUUUUAAAUAAAUUGGGGGAGCAUAUGUAAUA